AUGUCCACCAAGAACUCCGCCGAGACAGUCCUUGUCACAGGAGGCUGCGGCUACGUCGGUUCCCACACAGUGCUCAGCCUCCUCGAAUCCGGCUACAAGGUCGUUGUCCUCGACAACCUGUGCAACACCACCGAGUCAGGCACCACCGCAGCCACCCCCGAGGCCCUCAAGCGUAUCCAAACGAUCGUCGGUACAGAUAGACCCAUCCCCUUCUACCCCGUUGAUAUUGUUGACCGAGCUGCUCUCGUUAAGAUCUUCCAAGCCCAUCCAGAGAUCUCGUCUGUCAUCCACUGCGCUGGACUCAAGGCUGUCGGCGAGUCAGGUAGACGACCCCUGGAUUACUACAACGUCAACAUCUCGGGCACACUCAACCUGUUGCAAGUCAUGGAGGACUUUGAUGUCCGCCGUAUGGUCUUUUCGUCGUCAGCAACUGUUUAUGGCGAUCCACCCAAAAUUCCCAUCCCUGAAACCUCGCCCAUUAUCGCCUCAAUGAGUACCUAUGGACGGACCAAGGUCUUCUUGGAGCACAUUCUACGGGAUCUUUGCGUCGCCUCAGAGAUCAAGCAGAAGGAGUACGAGCAGGAGCAGAAACGCUUGGGCGCCGAGAUCGUCAAGAACUACCGCUGGAGCGCAUUGCUGUUGAGAUAUUUCAACCCCGUUGGAGCUCAUAGCAGUGGACUGAUUGGAGAGUCGCCUUUCGGCACUCCCGCCAACUUGACUCCAUUCUUGGCGCAGGUCGCAGUCGGUAACCUCGAGAAGCUGUCUGUCUAUGGUAACGACUACUCCACAAAGGAUGGCACCUGUAUUCGCGAUUACUUGCAUGUUGUCGACUGUGCCAAUGGACAUGUGGCUGCGCUCCAAAAGAUCGAACGGGAAGAGGCCUGCAACAACUACGAGUGCAAGGCCUACAACUUGGGAGCUGGUAUCGGCUACACUGUUCUGGAGGUCAUCCGCGCUUUCAGCAAGGCUGUGGGUCGGGACUUGCCCUAUGUCAUUGUUCCCCGUCGAUCUGGAGACGUGCCCAACCUUACUUCUGAUGCGUCCCUCGCCAACAAGGAGCUCAACUGGAAGGCCGAGCGGUCCCUGGAUGAUAUGUGUGUCGACCUUUGGAGAUGGCAGAGCCAGAAUCCCAGAGGAUACAGCUCGCAAGUAUAA